AUGGCGUCAACGAAGAAGGAACGAUGGCCCAUAAAGAUAACGUAUUUCUUCCUGUCCCUCGUUGGCUUUGGAGUUGCUGAUACAAAAAACAAAAGACAACUGUUGAAUAUCGCACUGCAUACCUCAUUGCCCCUGAGUUUGGUGUCCUGUUGGUUUGCUGGAUCAAAUUUUUACCUGACAAUUACAGGAGAUGGCGAACUUUCUGAUAAAAUAGAUGCUGCUUUUCUCGUGCUUGUUGUUUUUCUGGCUAAUUCUAAAUUGUAUAUGAUUGCCAUAAAACGACAGCCUUAUGAACAUCUCCUCGAAGUUACAGACAAGACGUUGUGGAUUCAAUCGUGGACGGAUUAUGGAAAAGAUGUUUUGGAUGAGUGUGAGAGACAGGCGAUUGUUGUUCUCUUUGUUUUUGUUAUUCUGGGACAUGCCUCGGGGGCUGGAUGGGUUAUCGCACCGUUAGUCUUGAAUAUUAAGGGCAAUAGCAGUGAUCCAGAUGACCGUCAUUUACCUGUCAAACCGAUUCUCGGUCCUAUCUCUCCAUUCGAUUCUCCUUAUUUCGAAUUAAUAUUCGCCCUGGACGUAUUUGGAAGCUGGGUGGUAACACUUUUGUACUUCUGCUUCGAUUAUUACCUCGUCCUGGUGAACAUCUUCGUGGUCGGUCAGUUUGGGAUUCUUAAACAGAGAUUCGAGGAUAUAUACACAGUGGGAUCGUUUUCCCUAGUGACAGAAUUUCGUCUGAAUGAUGAUAAAUAUGCUGAAAAAUAUAAAUCAAUGGAUUAUAUUCUACGAGAAUUCAAGGAUUGCGUGAAGCAGCACCAGUUUCUGAUUGCCAUCGUGGAGGAGGUGGAGGGCGUUCACAAGUUGAUGAACCUGAUGCAGGUGCUCGUGUUCAGCUUGAUCAUCUGUAUCGUUGGCUAUCAAUUACUCAUGUCAGGGAGUGCAGUGACACUCGUCAAGAAUGGAGUAUUCAUCUCUAGUUGUCUUAUCCAACUGUUCGCGAUGACCCUCUCCUGCCACAACAUCAUGAUAGCAAGCUCCGAUAUUUCUCAGGGAAUAUAUUCCUCAGGAUGGUACCUGGAGAAUCACACCCACGUGGGACGAUCUUUGUCCAAGGAUUUCAUGAUGGUCCUGAUGAAGACCAAGUAUCCGUGCUAUCUCACUGGCUGUGGCUUCUUUCCCAUCACCCUGGACACCCUAAAAUCGGUGAAUAUUGGAUUAUCUCUUCUGUACGAACAUCGAUUAUCACAACUUCUUUUUCGUACUUGACGUUGAUAAGGCAAAGCAUUGACGAGUGAUUUAGGAUAUUUAGGCGACGAAUUAUGGAAAUCUUAGUGCGAAAUCAGAAUGUAUAAAUAUUGCAGAGAAAUAAAACGGAAACACAUUUGC